UCCGGUGUGGGCAGUGCUGUUCCCUUACGCAAGAUGGCGGCGCCCUUGUCUGUGCAAUUGGAGUUUGGAGGGGGAGCAGAACUCUUGUUUGACGGCAAAAGGAAACAUCAGGUGACUUUGCCAAGCCAGCAUGAACCUUGGGACGUUCGCAGCUUGCUGGUGUGGAUUAAAGAGAACCUGUUGAAAGAGAGGCCGGAAUUGUUUGUGCAAGGAGACUCUGUGCGGCCGGGAAUCCUGGUGCUCAUCAAUGACACCGACUGGGAGUUAAUGGGGGAGCUGCAUUAUCAACUCCAAGACCAGGAUAAUGUGGUUUUCAUCUCUACCUUACACGGAGGUUAGGCUGCUGGAAAAAACCACAAAACACAAAGAUGAAUAAUACCGGGCCCAGAUGUCACCUUCCUUCCUCGCUCUCUUCGCCGUCAUCCAAGAUGCUUCAAACCGGAUCGGGUUUCUCAUGAGUAGAUCCCUUCUUAAUAAAUCCUGCCCUUUUGACGCUCGGCUCCUCCCACCCUCUGGUUUGAUUCUCGACUCUUUUGUCCGGGACGGGGGUCAGAAGGAUUCCUACAUUUGGUCACUCUCUUCCCCGCUCCGGGAGACGCAUAGCAUGGAACAAAUGACUGAAACUGAGCUGCUUUGAGCGUCGUAUCGGCUGCGGCUGAGCAGGGCCCGGGCUUGUUUCUUGUCAUGCACCUGAUUAAGUCUCUCUUUGCUCUCCGGCAGCAGCCGCAGGAGUGCGUUCAAAGCAGGGGAUAUCCCUUCCCCUCGGAUCUGAUCGCGGCCGGUUUCGCAGUCAUUAACGGAAGGACUGCAAUUGUCUCCUUUGCCGCUUCAACCCAUCCGCGCUUGAUUUGCCGGGCAUGGAUUUCCAAUUAUGUGGCUGAGCUGAACUCUCUUGAAAAGAAGCCGGUCUGGGGCCCACUCACAAACGAGGACUUUGAAUUUGUGGCCACGAAGGACUCUUUCACCUGCCUUUCUGAGAAAAAAUGGUUCUACGUCUUUUAGUUUCAUAAGGCGCUGCCCGGCCCUUUUCUCUUACUGGCGUGUGGAUGUGUGUGUGUGGAUGUGUGUGUGUUUAAUUUUACUUUUGAAAUCCUCUGCUCUGCACAAAGGCAUGCUCUGUUGAAAAUCGUUUUGCAGAACCAGUAGGUGUGGAUGGGAAGAAUUGGGUCUAUUAGAGGGAAAUACACACUCUCUCAUGGGACAGUAAAGCCAGGCUUUUGACGAAACCAGCUCUUGCUAGCGUGGGGGGUGCACUCACUCCUGCGUGGCUCUUUUCACUUAAUGCAAGCAGCUAAAUAACCCAUCUGGCCUGUGAAUAGAUUUUGGAACUGGGAGGCCUGGAUUCAGUGGAGGCUGGUGGCUCUGAUGUCAGUGGGGCGGUGAAUCCACUCUGGGUUUCCAUCAGAAGCAGUCAGAACUCUAAAGGAGCUCUGACUCCUUUAGAAUUCUGACUGGUUCUGUUGGAAACCCGGAGCGGAUUCACCACCCCACUGACUCCGGAGCCCUUUGGAGAGCUGCUUUAGAGUUCUGACUGGUUCUGUUGGAAACCCGCAGUGGAUUCACCGCCCCACUGACUCCGGAGCCCUUUGGAGAGCUGCUUUAGAGUUCUGACUGGUUCUGUUGGAAACCUGCAGUGGAUUCACCACCCCACUGACUCCGGAGCCCUUUGGAGAGCUGCUUUAGAGUUCUGACUGGUUCCGACAGAAACCCGGAGUGGAUUCACCGCCCCACUGACUCCGGAGCCCUUUGGAGAGCUGCUUUAGAGUUCUGACUGGUUCCGACAGAAACCCAGAGUGGAUUCACCGCCCCACUGACUCCGGAGCCCUUUGGAGAGCUGCUUUAGAGUUCUGACUGGUUCCGUCAGAAAGCCGGAGCGGAUUCACCGCCCCGCUGACAUUGGAGCCACCGGCCUCCACUGCCUGGGUUCCAGUUCUGUCUCAGUCAUGCACUUAACUGGGUGGCCUUGAGCAUCUUGCUCCCUAUGUCAGUCUCAAUUCAGCAUAUGUGAAAUGGGAUUUGUAAUGGCCUCACUUCCCCCUUCCCUUGGCCCCUCCUCCUUCCCUUGGCCCCUCCCCUUUCGCUGCCCACCAAUUGGUGCUCUCCCAGCAUUUGUGCGGUUCCUCCCACCCCAUUCUAAAAGAUUGAAAUGCCUCUCUGAAAGUGUCCUUAUUGGCGCAAAGAGCUUGAAGCUACAAUAUGUUGGUGUGUUAGCCCCACCCCCUUGCCUUUGGCUCCGCCCAUCAUGUGACCACUGAGAACUUCUCUGAAAGUGAAUUCAGCCCUGGGGCUGAUACUGUUUCCCAAUCCUUGUCAUAAUGUGUAGUGAUCUGGCUUGGAAGGGUUACUGGGUUCUCUGUAGGCCCUGCGUGAUUUGCAGUGUACUUCCAGGUGGUCCAUGAGACCGUGCUGGAAAUGCUCAAGAGCCAGAGAUUUCUUUCACAAUCGUAAGAGCAGCCUUCUUGGAUCAGACCCAAGGCCUCUCUAACCCAGCAGACUGUUCCCGCAGUGGCCAAACUGAUGCCCAGAUGGGAAGCCCACAAGCCCAACGGGAGCGCAACAGCACCCGCCUUUUUGAAGUUUCUCCUGCUGCUGAAGAGGCAAGCCACUUUUCCGUUGAAAGUUCAGACAGAAAAGUGGCUUGCUUCUUCCGCAAUUCAAGCGAUGGCAAUGGAACUUCGGAGAAGACCCGCACUGUGGCAUGCCACAAUGUAAGAAAAUGUAGCCCCCGACGAACUUUGUAAGCCAGAUUUUUUAGUCCCAAAUAA